AUGGACCCCACCAUGGAGCUGGCAGAGGAUCCCAGGUUCCCCCGCCCGUUGGUGGAGAUGCUGAUCAGGAACUUCAGUGUGCCAGCAGCCUGCUUCUCCCUGCCGCCCACCUCCAGGCAGCUGCUGCAGCAGCUGGACAUAGCCCAACUCACCAUCAUGGGCCUCGCCACCAUCAUGACGCUGCUGUCGGUCGCGAUCUUCGUGGAAGAGGCUUUCUACCUCACCCGCAAGAUCCGCUGCCCCAUCAAGAUGAAGACCCUCCGCUGGAGCAGCUCGGCCCCUACGGUUGUGUCUGUGGUCAGCUGCUUCGGGCUGUGGAUCCCGCGCUCCAUGAUGGUGGUGGAGAUGGCUACGACAACGUACUUUGCCAUCUGCUUCUACCUCCUGAUGCUGGUCAUGGUGGAGGGCUUUGGGGGGAAGGAGGCGGUGCUCAGCACCCUGAAGGACGUGCCCAUGGUGGUCAGCACUGGGCCCUGCUGCUGCUGCUGCCCCUGCCUGCCCCGAAUCACCAUGAGCAAGAGAAAGCUUCAACUGCUGAUGCUGGGGACUUUCCAGUACGCCUUCUGCAGGGUGGUCGCCGUCUUCCUGGGACUGGUCCUGGCCACUGACGGGAACUACAACCCUGCUGACAUCUCGGCGGAGAGCGUGGCCCUCUGGAUCAACACCGUGCUCGGUGCCUCCACCCUCUUUGGACUGUGGGCCCUGGGCAUCCUCUUCCGGCAGGCCCGGCUGCACCUGACUGAGCAGAACAUCAAGGCCAAGUUCUCCUGCUUCCAGGUCCUCCUCCUCCUGACGGCACUGCAGCCUGCCAUCUUCAGCAUCCUGGCCAACAAUGGCAACAUCGCCUGCUCGCCGCCCUUCUCUUCCAAGGCCAGGUCACAGCAGAUGAACCUGCAGCUGUUGAUCCCGCAAACCUUCAUCUUGGCAGUGGUGACGCGGAUGUAUUACCGCAAGAAGGAUGACAAGCCGGGCUACCAGCCCAUCAGCUUCGCACCCGCAGACACCGACGUCAAGCCGUGA